UUCGACAAUCACAGAUGGCCGAGCCCAUUGUAUCAUUUCUUUUGGAAACGAUCGGGCAUUUGUUGAUUGAAGAGGGAAAGUUCUUAAGUGGGGUGACUGAAGAGGCUAAGCAGCUUCAUUCAGAGCUAAAGAUGAUGCGGGCACUAUUAAAAGAUGCUGACGAAAAGCGACAUGAGGCUGAAGUUGUUAAAGAGUGGGUUUCACAGAGCAAAGAUCUAGCUUAUGAAGCUGAAAACAUGCUUGAAACUCACGCUUUCAGGCUUGCAUCAAGACAGAUGGCAAGAGGUACUAGGAAUGUCAUUCGUAGAUACACUUGUAUCGUGAAUGAAUGUUAUAUUCGUCAUAAAGUUGGAUUAGAGAUUCAAAAUCUCAAUGCCAGAGUCUCUAAUCUGAGAAGAUCUUUUCAAGAAUAUGGAAUAAGGGCUGCAACAGAAAGAGAAGAAUCAAGCUCUCGGCAGCAACAAUUGAGGAUGACAUAUUCCUAUGUUGCUGAUGAUGAAGAUUUUGUUGGAUUGGAACACGACAUCGAGAAGCUAAUGCAGGUCCUGGUGAAUGAAGCUGAGUUCUCUGGCUCCUGUGGAGUUGUUUCCAUUUGUGGCAUGGGAUGUUCAGGAAAGACAACUCUUGCACGAAAGCUAUACAACCAUUCUAAUGCAAAGCAUCAUUUUGAUAGUUUUGCGUGGGUUUGUAUAUCCCAACAAUGGCAAACAAGAGAGAUCUUGCAAGGAAUCUUGGUUAGCUUCUUCCCAGAAAGAAGAAGGGAGAUUGAGAAGUGGAGAGAUGAUGAGAUGGUUGGGGAACUUCUUCGAUUCCAGCAGAACAGAAAAUGCCUCGUAGUUCUUGAUGACAUCUGGUCGACUGAUGCAUGGGAAUGCAUCAAAGUUGCAUUUCCAAUCAGAAAUAAGGGCAAGAUAUUGCUCACAAGUCGUAACAAAGAUGUAGCAAUGCGCAUUGGUCCAAAUGGUUUCCACCACGAAUCAAGACUGUUAACCGAUGCUGAAAGCUGGGAGCUGCUCCAAAGAAAGGCAUUGAGAGACGGACCUAUCCAAGGAGAUGGAGAUGUUCACGACUUUGAAGUGUUAGGCCAACAAAUGGUUAAAUUUUGCGGAGGUCUUCCUUUAGCUGUGGUCGUUCUAGGAGGAAUUCUUGCAACAAAACACAGCUUCAAUGAGUGGAAUGUAGUUUACAGAAAUAUCAAGUCCUUCCUAGCAAAAGGAGAAAGCAUCGAACAUCAAGGAAAAGUGCACAAGAUUUUGGGUCUAAGUUACGAUAACUUGCCAUACAAAUUAAAGCCUUGUUUUCUUUACUUAAGUGCAUUCUAUGAAGAUGAAGAAGUGCCCAUAGAGAGAUUAUAUCAGUUGUGGAUGGCUGAAGGGAUGGUCUCUGCAGAAGACCAAAUGGGGGAGGAAUCAAUGAUGGACAUUGCUGAAAGCUACUUGGGAGAGUUGGCCAAACGAUGUAUAGUCCAGGUUCAACAGGUGACGGUAGCAGAUGGGGAGACACUGCGAAGCCCUAGAAAGUUUUGGUCAUGUCACCUUCAUGACCUCAUGAGAGACUUCUGCAUAGCAAAGGCAAGAGAAGAAAAUUUUUUGAAGGUCUUUGGUUAUCAACAUGGGAAUGAAGUCGAGUUGGCCGGCUCCACUUCAUCAUCAACCGGUAACAUUCACAGACACGUGAUUUAUUUGGGUGACCAGGAUGCUUCCAAGUAUGCUCAGGAAGGGGAAACAACGAAGCAUCUUCGAACGCUUCUGUUUUGUGCCACGAAACAUGGAAGUAUGACAGCACAAUUGGCAGAGUCCCAAAUGAAUAUGUUCAAGAUGCUAAGAUCUUUGACAAUUCAAGGCGUCAACAGCCCAGGCAUAGAAAACAGUAAAAAUAGUCCCAAGUUACCGAUAGGUCAUCUCAUUCACUUGAGAUACCUGAGUUUGAGAAGUUCCAAAUUUGUCAUGUCGCCCUCGUCCAUAAGCCGCCUGGAACACUUGGAAACUCUUGAUUUAUCUAAUGCCAAAAUAGUAUGGACGAGAAAUGUGCCAUUAAGGAUGCGACUGAGGUACCUAUAUCUUCCUCAUGAUAUCUCUGUGCAAAUAUAUGCCUCAAGUAACCUUGAAAUCUUAGAAGGCGCCAACCUUGGAAAAGUUGUAAGAAAUUUCUCUGAGUCUAUUAAUCUUCAGGAGCUACGUGAAUAUAGGGGAGAAUUGGAAGGUAUAGAAGAAAUCAUCAACUGCGUAUCACAUUCACACAAGCUAAAUCAUGUAAAUAUCUGGACUCCAGUUAUUCCUAAAUUUUUCGGCCUAGAAAAGGGAUUAGCACUUCUGAGGCAAUUGUUCCGCAGCAAUCUCCAAUGUCUACGGCUAGAAGGACCUUUAGGAAAGUUACCUGAGUAUGAAUCCAACUUCUUCGGAAACCUAUUGGAACUGCAGUUAAGAGAAUCCAGGCUUGAAGAAGAUCCCAUGGCGACACUGGAGAAACUCCCAAACUUAAAAACACUCAAGUUCUGGAACCAUUCCUUUAAUGGAAAAGAAAUGACUUGCCAUUCGGGGGGAUUUCCUCAGCUCAGGUUUCUUCUGCUCCAUCAUUUGCAUCAGUUAGAGAAGUGGACGGUGGCGGAAGGAGGCAUGGCUAAUCUUUCUUGUCUCUAUAUUUGCGACUGCGAACGCUUAGCAAUGAUUCCACAGGGAUUGAGGUUUAUUGAACCACUCAAAGAAUUGGUGAUUCAAGGAAUGCCCGACGAAUUUCUGAACAGGGUUCGAUUGGUGGAUGGUCAGCAAGGAGAGGAUUUGACAAAAUUUGCCACAUUCCUUCAAUAAGGAUCGAUGAGCCUCCACUUCUUGAAGCAUCAAGCCUCGUUCUCCCGUUCUUAAUGCUGAUUGCCUUUCAUUCUGUGAUGUAAUAUUUUUGCGUGCUCUUCUAGCUUUGAUUGUUCUCAUUUAUCUCUAUUUCAGCUUAUUUUUAGGCUAGUACCAGUGCCUUCUACUGAGGGGACAGUGUUCUGCUUAAUUAUGUAUUGCUGCAUAGAUUUAAUUAUAUAAUACGGGGGAUAUGAUAUUU